UCCCUUGCCCUGCCUGUGGUGAUAAGCAUAAUGCAAGCAUUUGUUUUUUAAAGGAGGCAGCCAAGACAAUUACAUUAUUUAUUGAACAAAGCCGUUUUGGAGAUUUCUGCACAGCGAAGGUUUUCUUAGUCAUUUUGCACCAAAUCCGUUGCAGCAGCAAGGCCAGAGAGUUUGCCUUGACUCCCCUCACUACCAAAAUAAAUGUGCAGGGCAGGAUUGUUCCACUGAGCAGCCGCGAGUGGGGAGAAAGGAGAAGAAAGGAGAUGGUAUGUGCCGGCAGCUCUAAACUGAAUGCAGUGAGGAUUGCUAUGUACGGGAGAGUUCAGGGGAGAAAGAGGAGGAAGUCACAGAGGCAGCCCAGGCUCGCAGGAUGGCGAGAGCCAAGCUGAAGAAUUCCCCUUCCGAGAGCAACUCACACGUGAAGACUGUCCCACCAGCAACGGCAGAAGAUGUCCGUGGGGUGAGCCCCUUGCUGCCAGCACGGAGGAUGGGCUCCCUGGGGAGCGAUGUCGGACAGAGGCCCCACGCCGAGGAUUUCAGCAUGGAUUCCUCCUUCUCUCAGGUGCAGGUGGAGUUCUACGUCAAUGAGAACACCUUCAAGGAGCGCCUGAAGCUCUUCUUCAUCAAAAACCAGCGAUCGAGUCUGAGGAUCCGACUCUUCAACUUCUCCCUGAAGCUGCUCACCUGCCUGCUUUACAUCGUGCGCGUGCUGCUUGACAACCCGGAGGAGGGCAUAGGAUGCUGGGAAUGCGAGAAGCAGAACUACACCCUCUUCAAUCAGUCCACCAAGAUCAACUGGUCACACAUCUUCUGGGUGGACAGAAAGCUGCCACUGUGGGCUGUCCAGGUCAGCAUUGCCCUGAUCAGCUUUCUGGAGACCAUGCUGCUCAUCUAUCUCAGCUACAAGGGGAACAUCUGGGAGCAGAUUUUCCGCAUUUCUUUCAUCCUUGAGAUGAUCAACACAGUGCCCUUCAUUAUCACAAUAUUUUGGCCUCCCCUGCGGAAUUUGUUCAUUCCUGUCUUUCUGAACUGCUGGCUUGCCAAGUAUGCCUUGGAGAACAUGAUAAAUGACCUGCACCGUGCCAUCCAGAGGACACAGUCUGCCAUGUUCAACCAGGUGCUCAUCCUCAUCUGCACCCUCCUGUGUCUCGUCUUCACUGGUACCUGCGGCAUCCAGCAUUUGGAGAGAGCGGGAGAGAAGCUCUCCCUCUUCAAAUCCUUCUACUUUUGCAUCGUCACCUUUUCCACUGUGGGCUAUGGGGAUGUGACACCCAAGAUCUGGCCUUCCCAGCUCCUUGUUGUCAUCAUGAUUUGUGUUGCGCUGGUUGUACUGCCGCUGCAGUUCGAGGAACUCGUCUACUUGUGGAUGGAGCGGCAGAAGUCAGGGGGCAACUACAGCCGGCACCGCGCCCAGACAGAGAAGCACGUCGUGCUGUGUGUCAGCUCACUCAAGAUUGACCUCCUCAUGGACUUCCUCAAUGAGUUCUAUGCCCACCCAAGACUGCAGGACUACUAUGUGGUGAUCCUCUGCCCCACGGAGAUGGACAUCCAGGUGCGGCGGGUGCUGCAGAUCCCUCUGUGGUCACAGCGGGUGAUCUACCUGCAGGGCUCUGCGCUGAAGGACCAGGACCUCAUGAGAGCCAAGAUGGACAAUGGGGAAGCCUGCUUCAUUCUCAGCAGCCGGAAUGAGGUGGACCGCACGGCGGCGGACCACCAAACCAUCCUGAGAGCCUGGGCCGUGAAAGAUUUUGCCCCAAACUGCCCUCUCUAUGUGCAGAUCCUAAAGCCAGAGAACAAGUUUCAUGUCAAGUUUGCUGAUCACGUCGUCUGUGAGGAGGAGUGCAAGUACGCCAUGCUGGCGCUCAACUGCGUCUGCCCCGCCACCUCCACGCUCAUCACGCUGCUGGUGCACACCUCCCGUGGGCAAGAGGGCCAGGAGUCCCCAGAGCAGUGGCAGAGGAUGUACGGGCGCUGCUCGGGCAAUGAAGUCUACCACAUCCGCAUGGGAGACAGCAAGUUCUUCAUGGAGUACGAGGGGAAAAGCUUCACCUAUGCUGCCUUCCACGCACACAAGAAGUACGGUGUCUGCCUGAUCGGCAUCCGCAGGGAGGAGAACAAGAGCAUCCUGCUGAACCCCGGCCCACGGCACAUCAUGGCCGCGUCUGACACCUGCUUCUACAUCAACAUCACCAAGGAGGAGAACUCUGCCUUUAUCUUCAAGCAGGAGGAGAAGCAGAAGAAGAAAGGCUUUGCAGGCAGGGGCACCUAUGAUGGCCCUUCCCGCCUGCCCGUGCACAGCAUCAUCGCCAGCAUGGGUACAGUGGCCAUGGACCUGCAGAACACUGAGUGCCGCCCCACCAACAGCAGCAAGCUGGCGCUGCCGGCAGAGAACGGCUCAGGCAACCGCCGGCCCAGCAUCGCACCCGUGCUCGAGCUGGCUGACACCUCAUCCCUGCUGCCCUGCGACCUGCUCAGCGACCAGUCGGAGGAUGAGAUGACACAGUCAGACGAGGAGGGCUCAGCGGUGGUGGAGUACGUGAAGGGCUACCCACCCAAUUCCCCAUACAUCGGCAGCUCACCAACCCUGUGCCACCUCCUGCCUGAGAAAGCCCCGUUCUGCUGCCUGCGGCUGGACAAGGGCUGCAAGCACAACAGCUUUGAAGACGCCAAGGCCUAUGGCUUUAAGAACAAGUUGAUCAUCGUGUCAGCAGAGACCGCUGGCAAUGGGCUGUAUAACUUCAUCGUCCCGCUGCGUGCCUACUAUCGGUCUCGCAAAGAGUUGAACCCCAUUGUGUUGCUUCUGGACAACAAACCAGAGCACCACUUUCUGGAAGCCAUCUGUUGUUUCCCCAUGGUUUACUACAUGGAAGGCACCAUUGACAACCUGGACAGCCUGCUGCAGUGCGGCAUCAUCUACGCUGACAACCUGGUGGUUGUGGACAAGGAGAGCACCAUGAGUGCUGAGGAGGAUUACAUGGCGGAUGCAAAGACGAUUGUCAACGUCCAGACCAUGUUCAGGCUCUUUCCCAGCCUCAGCAUCAUCACAGAGCUGACCCAUCCCUCCAACAUGAGGUUCAUGCAGUUUAGAGCAAAGGACAGCUACUCCUUAGCCCUUUCCAAGCUAGAGAAGAAAGAGCGUGAGAAUGGUUCCAACCUGGCCUUCAUGUUCCGCCUGCCCUUCGCUGCGGGGAGGGUCUUCAGUAUCAGCAUGCUGGACACGCUGCUCUACCAGUCGUUUGUCAAGGACUACAUGAUCACCAUCACCCGGCUGCUGUUGGGCCUUGACACUACACCGGGCUCUGGCUACCUCUGUGCGAUGAAGAUCACAGAGGACGACCUGUGGAUCCGCACCUACGGGCGCCUCUUCCAGAAGCUCUGCUCCUCCAGUGCUGAGAUCCCCAUCGGCAUUUACCGGACGGAGUCGCACAUGUUCGCCACCUCCGAGCCCCAUGACAUCAGAGCACAGUCACAGAUCUCCAUCAACGUGGAGGACUGCGAGGAUACGAAGGAUGUGAAGGAGCACUGGGGCAUCAAGACGGGCCACCACAGGAACUCGUGCUCCAGUGACCAGUCCGAGCACCCGCUGCUGCGGCGCAAGAGCAUGCAGUGGGCACGCCGGCUGAGCAGGAAGGGCAACAAGCACUCCGGCAAGACCGCCGAGUGGAUCAGCCAGCAGCGGCUCAGCCUGUACCGCCGCUCCGAGCGGCAGGAGCUGUCCGAGCUCGUCAAGAACCGCAUGAAGCACCUGGGCUUGCCAACCACCGGCUAUGAUGAGAUGAACGACCACCAGAACACUUUGUCCUAUGUCCUGAUCAACCCACCCCCAGACACACGGCUGGAGCUGAACGACAUCGUGUACCUGAUCCGCUCCGACCCGCUGGCACACGUGGCCAACGAUGGGCACAGCCGCAAGAGCAGCUGCAGCAACAAGCUGGGCCCCUGCAACCCCGAGACGCGGGAUGAAACCCAGCUCUGAGCACAACCCGUGUGCUGCGGGGACAAAAGCGAUGGGACAGGCGGGCAGGCGGCCGGCCAGAGGCACCACGUGGGAGUUUUUAACCUUUUAUACCAAUACCGCAACUAGUGAGAAAGUCUUUGCUGGUGCUGGUGGUGAGACUGGAGCUACAGCUCGGCCCGUUUGGGGGGCCCGUGUUCAGAAUUGUCCCCAAAUGAUGCAGGCCGUUCGCAUUGGAUGGGGGCACUGCUGAGCCAAGGGCGGCCGCUCAUCCUGCUCCUCUUUGCUGGGUCUGGGAUGGAUAGCCCAAAUUUGGCUCUUUUACCCCAAUGCUCUCCUUGCUUGUUGGCUUGUCCUGGGGGCUGCGCGGAGACAGUGGGGAAGGAAAGGACAGUGCAGCCCUUCCAGCACCCAAGCAACAUCUGCAAAUCCCCAAACACACCAAAAAGACAACAGUGGGACCCAAAGCCGUGCAGCACUGCUCUUGUUGCACACAUCCUGGCUAUGGGGAUGCUGGCACCCAGUGGGGCUCAGCAGCAAAGGCACCGCUGGCUCCAUGUGGUGCUGGCCUGGCCAAGGCCCCGUGCUGCCAUGGAUUUGCACUGGCAGCCCAACCCGACCCCCGGCUGCUUGCAGCACAACGGCAGUGGAGACCUUUCUAUAGCAGGAACACAAGACGUAUUUUCCAUCUAUUUUUGCACACUUUGCAAUGGCGACGUCUAAAGGUUUUUUUGUUGUUGUUUUUUUUUUCUUUGACUGCCAAGUGAAUAACCAAGUUGUUAACUUUAUAUACUUUUACAUUCAUCUACUAAAACCUCAAUGUGAUUUUUUUUUUUAUGUAUUUUUUUUUAAACAAGAAGCCUGUAAAGCACAACACAGCCCUGCCCUCCCAGCGCCGCUGCCAGGAAGGGGUUCUGCCAUUCCCAUCCGCCUCCCCUUCCCCCACGACACACAAUAAAUGUUGUUUACAAAAACCUGCUUAAAAUCAUGGCACCCCACGAAGGCGCUGAGCUCCGUGCUGCCUGAGAAGGGAGGAAAACCCACAAACCCACCCAGCCAAAGCUCUGUGGGCUGAGAAUUGGACGGUGCCUGGGCUGGCCUUGCUUCUAACGCCUAUGGUUUCUGCUGCUUUGCAGCCUAGCAUUGCCAUCUGGCACUCAGUGGGCAGUGCAGGUGGAAAUACCCAGCCCCCAGCUGAGCCCUCGGCUGCCCUGAGAUGUGGGCCCAACCGAACCAUCACCCAAUGCUCUGUUUGAUAUCAUUUGUUUCGCUUUUAACGAUGCGUUGUUUUUUUUACAUCUCGCUGGCUGCGGCAGCUCUGCGUUUUAUUUAUUCCUGCUCUUCAGUUGUUGUGCCAAAAAAAUUAAGUAGUUCCCACAGGAUAAACAGUGAGAGCAGCUGCAGCACAAAGCCAAGGGGGUUGAGCCAUGUCUGACCCCACAGCGCUCCGUCCCUCCGCUGUCGGUGCACACAACCAAGCCCAGAGCUGAAGGUUUUGCAUCCCAUUCACCUCUAAGGGAGGGGGAAACAAAGCAGCACUGCAUCCCAACCCGGUGAGGGGGCUGAGGUCAUGGCUUCGGACUCAGUGAUCCUUACAGACCCCUUUGAGCUCGGGAUAUUCCACAGUUACCCCAUGCUGACCAUUCAGAAGGGAACAUUUUCAUCUCUUUCCCUACAGUUGGCUGCUCUGCGUGCCUGGGGGCAGCCCACCGCCCCACAGCACCCCAGGCACUGCAAGAGCAUCCCUCGCCCUCACUGCAUUCCACUGCCACUUCUGUUUGGUUAAUGUGCAAAGCUGUGUAUUUAAGAAGAAAGAAGCUACAGGUGUAUAAAUCACACACCUUUUUUUUUUUGCAGACAUUAUUUCUACGGUGUAAAUUUAUAGCUGACAUUCUAAUGGGAUGUUGAAAGAGAAGAAAUAUACUGUAGAUAUUUACCUGUGGUCAAUGCAAGCCUAAGAACAAGUGUUCAGUUUUUCUAAAUCCUCAGACUCGGUUACAACACAGAUGUAAAAAUGAGAACAUUUUAUUUUUGUAACGGUUGUGGCAUCAACAGAAGCUGCUGCUGCUCGCCCAGGGCCGUCUAGGAAAGGUGGGCGCCGCGUUGAGGCCAUGCAGGAGCAGAUGGAGGGAUGUGCUGCACUGACUGCUUCACCCCAACAGCUCCAGUACAGCCCCGAUGCACAGCAGUAUUUAUUUCAGGUCGCUCUCAUUUGGUUUUAUUUCCCCCACCCCCCUUUUCCCAAUGAAAUCCAAUGGUUUCACCACCAGCACUGAGUGGCACAGCUCCGGCUCUCAGCUGGCUCAAAGCUCAGCACUUUGCCCAGUGGGGAAGCAGCACCCCCCAGUCCCAGAGGGGAUGCACACAGAUGGCACUGCUGGCCCAGGGACGCCUCCUCUUCCCCCUUAGCUCCCCCCCUUUGGGGCAGAACACAGCGCUGGGGCUCCCAGAGCAACAAAACGCCCUUAGAAAAAACAGGAUUCUAUAAAGGAUGCAGAGCUGAAAGGCCCUGAGGAAUGCAGACACGCGAGAGAGGGCUGCAGCAGUUCCAGGUUUACUGGCAUUGGGUUCUGUGGCACUAACAGCUCCAUCCUCUGAACAGGGACCACAUCCCCACGCCACAUCACACAUUGCAGCCCUACUGAGUAUUCACACAGCCAUCCCCAGUUUUACCCCUCCCUCUGAACUCAGCCUUUUUACUUCCCAAGGGGGAACUGCUCUCCAGGUCAGCUCUGCGUGGGCUCCAUCAGCCACAGCCAACAGAAAACGCAUCCUUCCCUCUCCGAGGCCUCAUUUUGGGACAUGUGUUCUUGGGGUGCACUACAGACAGCCAACAGGAGAUGUUUUUGUACGAUUCCAGUGAAGUUGUUUCACAUUUCUGUAAAGAGAAAUCGAAAUAAAAGAGCUGCAUGCAGCAACAACAGAGA